AUUUGAUAACUCAGUAACGUCGUCUACUCUCACACAGACUCGAUUAUGUGGCUGGAUGUUAGUAAGAGAUCCAUUUUGUCUGAAAAUUCGAAUUGACUUGACGGCAAUGCACGAUAGGCGACAAUCCAUAUGAAACAUUGCAAUACAAGAUUUUCGCGUGCUGGAAGCUCGGGACUUCUCGGAAUUAUAUAAUUCAACCAUAUAUAAUCAUCAUGAACGAUAACUUCACUCUUCAGUUGAACGAUUCUGCAGGAUCGACACUUAAUUCAAGUUCCACCGAAAAAGGAAGCAUUGUUGUGCAGCUCGUAAUUGGAAUUUUUCUCGGAGUUAAUAUCGUUGUUGGUGUCGCAGGAAAUUUAAUGGUUUUGGCAGCGGUAACGAAAGAAAAUAAACUGCAUUCAAGGGCGAAUUACCUCAUCGCAUCCCUUGCGGUCACUGAUCUACUUGUCUCGCUGAUGGUUCUACCUUAUGCUGCCGCAAUUACUUUUUUUGGGGGAAGUAAUGAUGUUUGGUGGGUGUCACACCAAGUGGCGUGUCGUCUAUUUAUAUUUCUUGACGUGACUUGUUGCACUGCCUCAAUUCUUCAUUUAUGCGUCAUAGCUUGGGUUAGAUACAAAAAAGUAUCCACGGUUCGAUUACGUUUGUAUCCACGUAACUUCGUUUCUGUUAUUCCGACAAUACUAUGCAUAUGGUUCGCUGCCAUACUUUUGUCCGUUACGCCAUUUUUUAUGUUUCCAUCGAAAAAACAAAGCAAUCAACAUGUGAAUAUUUCGUACCACAAGUUGGAAUCCAACUUCAGUCCUAAAAUUGAAGAAGAAAAUGAUGCUGAUGAAAGAUGUAUCGUAAAUGACAACAAGAUUUACAGAGUUGUUGCAACGACAGUUGCAUUCUACGCCCCUUUGACGGUCAUAAUAUUGAUUUACAUAAAGAUGGCAAGUAUUGCGUGGUCAACUUUGCGAGGAAAACGCUUCCAAGGAUACAAGGCAGUAGCAGGGCGUAACAGUUUGUCUUCCGCCGAAAUAUCCAACGUCUUGGACAGGAGCGAGCAUAGAAGUACGUGUUUCGUGGGAUGUCCAGCGCUAUCAAAACAUUACUUUACAUCAAAAUUUAGACAUUUAAUGAAGCCCAAACAUCAGCACAACUCACCUCCUGAAGACAGUAAUUGUAACUGCAGUUCUCCUGACCAGUUAAACAAUAAUCAAAACAGUUUCAAGUUCAACAAUAACGUUAUGAAUUCUGCGAGCCUGGGAAUAGGUCAAUGCGUAAAUAAUUAUUGGACAACUGAGAUAAAUUCGAAAAAUGGUGCGUCAUUGACAGCCAAAAUUUACGCGGGAGUUACACCAGGAAAAAACAACGAACAAGAUAUGAAUAUCCAAAAAGCUUUCACAACUACGAAUGAAAUCAAACCCCACCGUUCACAAACCGAAAAACCCAUUAAUAGCUGUAAAGAUAAUAACUCGCAUGAAGACGCAGAAGCAAGUGGAUAUAUCGAUUCAAGUUCGUCGCGGGUCGCCAAACCCAAUAGAAUCAGAAUGUCAUUCCAAAGUUCUUCAAAACCCAUUCAUGACAAUAACCAUACACCUAAUGACGGGAAUUCCCUUACUGUCCCUAUUGAUAACAUUGUGUUAUCGGAUAUAAGCUGCAGCAAUACAUUGUCAAAUAGUGAAGUGGUUGUAUAUCGUCGUAGUCAGAUUAUAACUCCAAUGUUGUCUCAAACACUGGUUCAAGAUGGUGAGACUCGAAUUCACAAAUCAGCUUCGAUCGAUCAGCAAGCUGGUUGUAAACCACGUUUGAUGGCUUUUUCGCAGCGGAUAUCAUCAAAAGUAAAUAUGAAAAGAGAAAGAAAGAUUAUCCGGACCCUCGGGAUUGUAAUCGGAGCUUUCGUCGUCUGUUGGCUUCCGUUUUUUGCCAAAGAAAUUAUUCUUCCUUUUUGUUCAAUAUGCUACCUUCCACCUGCAGCUGAAAUUUUUAUUAACUGGCUUGGAUAUUUUAAUUCAGUACUGAAUCCAAUAAUUUAUGCUCGUGCAAAUAAGGAUUUUAAUAGAGCUUUUAGGCGGCUUUUCUCUGGGAGAGAUUCUACAGAAGUACGAAGAGCCCUUUCUACAUCGAAUGCCGUAAAUUAAAAAAUAUUGCUGUACAAGUUAUAUGAGCAUUCGACAAACAGCAAAAGCGGAGUAAUACAACCAGAAUGGAUAUUCCACAAAAGGGACAAAAAAUCCACGCCGUUUAGUUUCGUACUUUCCUUUGUUUUGAAUAAGAAGUAAUACCAUACUUUCUCAGUGAAUAAAUUUGGUACGGAAAUUACAAGUGUCCCAAAAUUACAUGUAUUACAAAUUUUAAGCAAUGAGGAAUAAAAUAUAAAAUAC